AUGGUGCGCCUCGUCCUGCGCGUCGCGGCCCUGGGGCUGGCCCUCGUCGCGUGGGCCGACGACGACGACAACUACCGCACGAAGAAGGUCAUCAGCUGCGUCGGCGACAGCAUCACCUACGGCGAGGAGGACGGUGCGGGCUACCUGAGCUACCCGACGCAGCUCUGGGACAAGCUGGGCCGCGACCGCUUCGUCGUGAAGAACUUUGGCAAGUCCGGGUCGACGGCGAUGGCGACGAAGGACGCGUACCGGACCAAGAGCUCGGGCGUGACCUACGAGGCGGCCCUCGCGUCGGAGCCGGACGUCGUCGUCCUCCAGCUCGGCACGAACGACGCCAAGGUCGUCUACUGGAACGCGACCGUGUUCGCGGAAGCGCUCGCGGGCCUCGCGCGCGAGUUCCGAGCGCUCGCGUCGCGGCCGCGGGUCAUCCUCUCGGCGCCGCCGCCCUACCCGGGCACGUCGAGCAAGUGGGGCGACCCCGACGAGUCGCCCAUCAACUCGGAGCUGCCCGCGGUCGUCGAGGCCGUCGCCGCCGACCUCCGGAUGGAUUUCUGCAGCGCCUACGCGGCCUUCGGCGCCUACGCGGGCGUCGACGACGACAUGUUCGACGACUCCGUGCACCCCAACGGCGCCGGCUACGACGUCCUCUCCGACGCCGUCGCGGCCUCGAACGGCCCGACGGCGGCGCCGACGCGCGAGCCGACGUGGACGCGGGCGCCGUCGAGCGCCGCGCCGACGCUGAGCGUCGCGCCGACGACGGCGGAGCCGUCCUACGCGCCGUCGCCCGCGCCGACGGCCGCGCCGUCCUACGCGCCGUCGCCGGCGCCCACGGGCCCGCCGUCCUACGCGCCGCGGCCGCUGCCGACGCCCGCGCCGUCGACGUCGCCGCGGCCGACGUCCGCGCGGCCGUCGUCGCGCCCGUCGCCCCGGCCGUCCUACGCGCCGAGCCCCGCGCCGAGCGACGAGCCGACGCCGGCGCCGACGUCGCGGCCGUCCUACGCGCCGAGCCCCGCGCCGAGCGACGAGCCGACGCCGGCGCCGACGUCGCGGCCGUCGACCGCGGCGCCGACGGGCCUCACGCCGCGCCCGACCGCGGCGCCGUCGACGUUCCCGAGCGCGGCGCCGUCGACGGCCGCGCCGACGCGCCCGCCCUCGUCGCCGCCGCCGUCGCCCGCGCCGUCCGUGCCCCCGACGAGUGCCGCGCCGUCGCGAUAUCCGUCAAACGCGCCCACGGCGCUCCCGAGCCCGCGGCCGAGCCCGCUGCCGUCGUCGGGCGCGCCGACCCUGGCGCCGUCGACGCGCGCGCCGACGCCGGCGACGGCCGCGCCGACGACGGCGGGGCCGUCCGCCGCGCCCGCGCCGGCGCCGUCGCGCGCGCCCGCGCCCGCGCCGACGCGCGCGCCCUCGGCCGCGCCGACGACGCUCCUGCGGCCGACGACGGCGCGCCCGUCGCCGGCGCCGACGGCGUCGGCGACGCUCGCCGUGGCGCUCGCGGGCGUCGCGCUCGACGGCUUCGGGUCCGACGAGGCCCUCGCGUUCCGGUCCGCCGUCGCCGAGACGCUCGCCGUCGCCGCGGCCCAGGUCGCCGUCGUGCGCGUGGAGGCGGCGGCCGCGGCCCGCCGGCGCCUCGACGGCGCCCCGGAGGCGGCGGCCGCGGCCCGCCGGCGCCUCGACGACGCCGCGGGCGUCUCCGUCGUCUUCACGGUCGCGGCUGCUGCGUCGACGGCGGACGAGCUCGCCGCGACCUUAAUCGCCGCCGUCGACGACGGGUCCUUCGACAAGCACCUGAACUACAUCGGCGACGGCACGAACCUCGAGGCGGCGACGGCGACCGACGCGGGGCUGGUCGAGUCCGGCGGCGACGACGACGAGAGCUCCGGCGGCGGCCUCGCGGCCGCGGCGGGGUCGCUGGCCUUCGUCGUCGCCGCGGCGGCGCUCCUCGUCGUGCUGAUCUGCGGCACGCUCGCGGCGCUCUACUACCUGCGGCGGCCGCCCCUGGAGGCCAAGCGCGCGGCGCCGCCGGACGACGAGGAGUCGAAGCUCGAGGUCGUCACGAUCGACGAGCCGCCGGCCGAGGACGACGCGUCCGAGGGGACGACGGCGGCGCUCCCGACGCCGGAGUCGACGCCGCCGGCGUCGCCGGACGUGGCCGCGGAGCCGCCCAAGGCCGCGGGCGCGGUGUCGCGGGCCGAGCCGGCGAAGGCGGCCGUCGACGGGCCGCCCGACGGCGGCUCGGGCAACGUCGAGUCGUCGCUGUCCUUCGCGGGGCCCAUGACCUUCCUGGGGGGGCUGCUGGGCGCGGCGCCGGCGCCGCCGGAGCGGCCGCGGACGCCCGAGCCGCCCACGAGCGCGCGCCUCGUGCCGACGCCGCCGCCGCCGCCGCGCGGCGACGACCCGCCGCCGCCGAGCCCGCCGCGGCUCCGGAGCCCGCCGCGGCGGCGGCCCGACGACCUGCUCGGCGCGCCGACGACGGUCCAGCCCUUCCCGCCGGUGGCGUCGAACCGGUCCGCGCGGAGCCCGCGGCCGCACAACCUCGUGGACCCCAUGCUGCUCCGCGGGCACUCCGCGGCCGAGGACCUCCUCACGGACGCGGCGGCCUACCGCCGCCGCCACGAGUCCGAGCAGUUCUCCCAGCUCGACGCCGCGGACGUCGGCGGCGUCGCCGCGGUCGUCCACGCGCAGAUCGAGGCGGGCGGCCUCGAGGGCGUCGACGAGCCGGAGCCCCUGCCGCCGCCGCGCGGCCGGCCCCCGCCGCCGGGGCCGCCGCCGGCGAAGAAGGUCGCCAGGGGCGUGAACCUCUAG